GGGAUCUGCACCCAUACGUUACAUUUCCGUGCGCCAGUGCCGUCACGGCACUUACAUCCCUAGCAGCAUGGGACGACAGGGACUCUUAUCAAGCGGCUUCCUAUCGCCAGUACACGCGAUCCGACACGCGACUUGCGGGCUGCUGAAGACGGCUUUUAUCUUCGGCUUGCCACUUUGGAUAGGACGAAAGAGAUAGUAUAAGGAGGGUGCUAGGUACCCGGCUGAUGCCCUACACGCUUAUACCCUAGUAACGUCGCGUGUUACGAUCCUAGUUGCGACACAGCUCAAUCUCGCAAUUGCGUACGGUAGAGCACCAUGGCGACUGCAUCGGACAAUGGAGCAAUCACUCCGCCGGAUGCCGAAAAAGAGGUCGUUGUCGACGCGCCACCCGCGGAGAUGAUAAAGCAUGUCGACGAGAAGAUCCUGAAGCAUUCGCAUGAUGCCGAUGCGGCGCUGAAGGCGUUCGAGGGGUACGAGGGACAGACGAUUGAAUUGACGGAGGAGACGAGGAAGAGGUUGUUGAGGAAGAUUGAUAUGCAUUUGAUGCCUAUCCUAUGCGUAGUAUACGGCCUUAACUAUCUCGACAAGACAACCCUCAGCUACGCCAGUGUCAUGGGCCUCAAACUCCCCUAUUCAGACGACAAGCUCAACAGCGGUAUCGGUAUUACGGGCUCGGAGUACUCAUGGCUAGGGUCUAUGUUCUAUUUUGGCUACCUGGCAUGGGAAUACCCUACCAAUCGAUUGCUGCAGCGUCUACCGUUGGGGAAGUAUUCGGCUUUCAACAUCAUCAUGUGGGGAAUCGUGCUGUCAUGCUUCGCGGCUGUGGAGAACUACGCUGGAGCAAUUGCAAUUCGUUUCUUCUUGGGCGUGUUCGAGGCUGCAGUCACGCCGGGCUUCGCGCUGUUUACAUCCCAAUGGUAUACGAGGACCGAGCAAGGUUCCCGCACUGGUAUUUGGUUCAGCUUCAAUGGCUUCGCUCAGAUCUUCGGCGGUCUCGUCGCCUACGGAAUAGCUGUCGGAUGCCGCAAGCACGGCACGAGCCUCGAACCGUGGAAGAUUGUCUUCCUUGUCACAGGGCUUCUCACUUCCUCCAUCGGAAUCAUCUUCCUCUGGGUCGUUCCGGAUAACCAGUUGAAUUGUCGCUGGCUCAGCAAGGAAGACCGGAUCCUUGCUAUCGAGCGCAUCAGGAUGAACGGUCAGGGAGUCGGGAACAAGCACUUCAAGCUUUAUCAGUUGAAAGAAGCACUACUUGAUCCACUAGCUUGGGCCUUCUUCUUCUAUGCUUUGAUUGCGGAUAUUCCUAAUGGUGGCAUAUCCAACUUCUUCUCGCAGCUCAUCGUUGGAUUCGGAUACACGCCCGAAGAAUCGCUGCUGUACGGUACGCCGGGUGGUGCCGUCGAAGUUGUUGCACUCAUCGCUUGUGGGUGGGCUGGAGACAGGUACGGGUACCGCAUCCUUAUCUCCAUGAUCGGUCUUACGCUCGCACUCAUCGGCAUGAUCCUCAUCGUCGCCCUCCCGCUGUCUCAAAACAGCGGACGGCUCGCCGGCUACUACCUUACGCAAGCUAGCCCUACGCCCUUCGUCGCCAUUCUCAGUCUCAUCAGCAGCAAUAUCGCUGGCUACACGAAGAAGACCACCGUUGCCGCUAUGUACCUCAUUGGGUAUUGCGCAGGGAACAUCAUCGGACCGCAGACAUUCCGAGCCAAAGACGCGCCCCGCUACGUCCCCGGCGAAAUCACCAUUAUCGUCUGCUACGGCGUAUGCCUCGGCAUCCUCCUCUUCAUCCACGUAUAUUGCGUCAUGCAAAAUAAGAAGAAGGUUAAUAUUAGAGCGGCCCCGGAGUACGUCAAGCUGGACAACCAGGAGUGGCUUGAUCUUACGGAUAAAGAGAAUCCAGAGUUUAUUUACACGCUGUGAGAGUGGGGUGCUGGAAGACUAGACACGGGUUCGGGGAUGGAUAGGCGUAGCAUCGCCCAGAAGAGAUGGAUAAGAAGUAGAGGAAGCGCAAAUGAAUACUAUUUUGCAUCGA